CCUCAACUAGCAUGAUGACGUCACGUGGUGGUAUGAUUACGUCACAGGCAAGUCCUCUUAACCAGUCAGAGAAAAGAUUUGUUGACAGCACCACCUCUCCCAUUCACCCCCAGUAUUUGGAAAACAAAGAGAACUUCAACCCUUCCCCUCAGACAAGAUUCCAGCCAGAUCAGAGUUGUCAAUAUAGUUCACCUCCACUUCCUAACCAAGGUAUGGAUGUAAAACCCCAGAGAUUACACUUCAACUUCCCUAGCCCAGGUCCCGUGGGCACUGGUCACGUGGGCCCAGCGCCUGACCAGACCGGACUACCGCCCCCACAGACUCCCAACCCCGCCACACCCAUCAUGGGACCCUCCCUCGAUCAGUCAGCUGCUGUUCUGGGACCUAGCCCUGGGUAUUACAACAGAACAGAUAGCGGCACUUCUGCGGGGUAUCCCAGAACAAACUUACCAGAAAGUGCUAGAUUACCACUUCCGGAACAUUCUAGAAUACCACAACAUUCCAAACUUUCAGUUCCUCUGUCAGAAAGUUCUAGACUGCCUGGUUCAGACCACGUGAUAGAACGAGGAGAAUCCCUGUCAUCAAUUCGACCAACUCUCCAACACGAACACCAUGCCAAGGCUCAAGAAGUCCAGGAUCAGAGAUCACCUCACAGUCCCACACCAAGAGUUCCCACUCAGUUCAGAGACAGUUCCGAGAAGACAUAUCAAGACACUUGCCCACGUGACCAGGGCCCACGUGAUCAGGGCCCACGUGAUCAGACACCUGAUGGCCCACGUGACCUGGACCGAGCCGCGCGACCAGCAGAACUACACAAGGCGCCUCACCCGGCCCACAGACCACCUCACUUAGGAGGGAGACCUCCUAACCUACCCUCUCAUCUGUUCCCUAACGAUACGAGACCUCUCCAGUUCCACACCCCACCCCCUACCAGAGGGUUCCAGCCCCCACUACCUUCAGGGCCCAGAUCAGCUAAUCUGCCUCUACACAACGUUAGAGGAGACUUUCUUCAAACCAUGAGACCCAAACAAGAGCCCAUGCCUCAACUUGAUAUGGGGUAUUUUGACGCGGUGCGGAGUCUGGGAGAGGGAGGGCUGUCCCGAAAUACCGUCAACAUGCCCCUUGACAAAGAGAGAGGAGAGGUGUACCUUGGUAACCCUGGUAACAAAGCAGUACCCGACAACUUAGCUGCAGGGUAUUUACCGUACCCUGAUACGAUGAGUAAACCUUAUAUCCCCGGAGGGGAAUUCUUUACGAAUAGCUCUGCUAAAGAGCGAUUUAACUUCAGUUUCAAAGAAACUAUUGGCAAGAUGUUGUCGAAGAAGAAAAAUACAGCAGCUUCAGACGUUAAUCCGGCGGGGAAAAGGACCAAGUUUUCUAACGAGCAGAUCAGAGUUCUGGAGCACUAUUAUCAGAACGUUAAUAAAUAUGUAACCGGGACAAACAAAGGAACUUUGUGUCAGGUUACUGGACUGGAGCUCAGUACUGUGUUGAUGUGGUUUCAGAACAAGCGUGCCAGGGAGAAGAAACAGAAGACUAAUGUGUAAAGACUUUCAAUUCUUCAGAUACUUUAACAUUUUUAUUUAUGUGAAUGCUUGGUGAGUUCUUAGUUGAUUUAGAUUUUCUUGAUUCAGAUUUAUUUUAUCGUUACUGUUUUUAUAUUACUCUGCAGGUUGCUUUAAUAGAUUUAAUUUAAUUUUAAACCGAACUAAUUUAUUUUUAUAACUUGUUACUUAAGUGCAUGAAAACAUUUUUAGGACACAUAAUUUUAUAAUAUUUACAAAUGCAAUAUGCGUUUACGUAAAACUUCUCAAAUGGUCUGGAUUGCGACAAAUAGUUAUGUUUAUGUCAAGGUACUGUAUUCUGCCGACUGUCGAUUAAAUGUGUCGCAACAUGUGUAGGGAUUAUUUCUAUUUGUUUAAUUUUACUGACAAUCCUUGAAUUUCUUGAACCAAUAAAUCAUUAAAAAUUGAUAUUUUAUCAAAUAAUAGAAGUUACUUUUUAUACCAAGCCAGUUUUAAAGCUUUAUUCAGAUUUCUGUCGAUCGAAAUAAUUAAAACUGCUUCGAAGGGAACUUAAUCUACCAAAUUAUAAGAUUAUCUAAUUACAUUUUAAUUUGCGAAAUGGUUUGAUUAAAAAAGGUGAAUAACAGAUUAAAAUAUAUUUACAGUUGUGGGAGAUAAAUUGAUGUAAAUAGUGAAUUUAUUUCAUUGCAAAGCUUUACCUUGGAGUGGUUAUUGUCUUUAUAAAAUAAACAUUCCGCUACAUCAUAAUUACUUUUAGCAUCUUGGAAGUUUUGGAAAUGUAUGAGCAUUUGAGUAGUGAAACGAACUUCUUUGUCAAAGUUGUCAAAUUUAAUAUUUAUUGAACACGAACAUAAUCUAC